ACCUUCAACAAAAUGGAGAUAUAUAACGGUCCUGCAAUAUGGCAUAAUCCUUUCAUUAGUGUGCAUUUCUUUCCGAAAAAUGAAUUGAUCGGCGUUGACGGCAGAAAGAAAUAACGCUAUUCUGCAAGUAACUCCCUCGUUUCAUAUGGAUGUUAUGAUAAAAUAACUGUAUUUCACACAGAUGACACAUUUAUGGCUGAGACGGACAGUUCUUCUGAAAUAGACAGUCAGCUGAAGUGAAUACAAUAAAGAUGAAUCUCUUAUAGAGAAGCUCCCUGGAUUGCAAAGGAUCAAGGUGAUAUUCGUAAAUUGCAGUCCAGGAGGGUUCAGCGGCGCGGAGAGGUGACGUUGACCGGAUGCGUGUAGCGGAGCGUGCCGUGUGGCUUUGACCAUGAGCCGGCUGAUGUUGGGCCGGACCCUGGAGCGGAUCUGCAAGGCUGUGCUGUUGCUCUGCCUGGUGCACUUCCUCAUCAUGAUGAUCCUCUACUUCGAUGUCUACAGCCAGCGCUUUGACAUCUUCAGCCGUUUCAACAAUGGCCGUGGAGUGAACAGCUCACGUGGACCCCACCACUACUACUACAAUUUCUCCAGUGGAAGGCCCAACACUACCUUUGCAAGCUACCUGGCCACAGCUGACCAUCUUAUGCCCAGCACCAAGCCAGAAGCCAACCAGACACCCCCGACCCCUAAGCCAUUACCACCAUGUCCGGAGGUACCGCCUGGUCUGGUGGGACGUCUCCUCAUCGAAUUCAGCUCCCAGAUAACCCUCGAGCGGGUGCAGAGAGAGAACCCUAAUGUGACCGAAGGGGGGAAAUACACUCCUCCAGACUGCCGGCCAAAGCAAAAGGUGGCCAUCAUCAUCCCGUUCAGGCACAGAGACAACCACCUGAAAUAUUGGCUUCACUACCUGCACCCAGUCCUGCGCAGACAGAAGAUCGAUUAUGGGAUCUAUAUCAUCAACCAGCUUGGCGAGGACACCUUCAAUCGGGCCAAGCUUCUGAAUGUUGGCUACACGGAGGCUCUUAAAGACGCAGAAUACGGCUGCUUCAUUUUCAGUGACGUAGACCUGAUCCCUAUGGAUGACCGGAACCUGUACCACUGUUACGACCAGCCCCGUCACUUUGCCAUUGCCAUGGACAAAUUCGGCUUCAGGCUGCCCUAUGCGGGGUACUUUGGAGGGGUGUCCGGCCUUAGCAGAAAACAGUUCCUCAAAAUCAAUGGCUUCCCUAAUGAGUACUGGGGUUGGGGAGGUGAAGAUGAUGACAUUUACAACAGAAUCACACUAAAUGGGAUGAAAGUGUCCCGGCCCGAUGUGAGAAUCGGCCGCUACAGGAUGAUCAAGCAUGAGAGAGACAAGCACAAUGAGCCAAACCCCCAGAGGUUCACUAAGAUCCAGAACACCAAGAACACCAUGAGGAAAGAUGGGAUCAGCUCACUGAUGUACAGAGUGGUGUCUGUGAAGAAAUACCCGCUCUACACCAACAUUUCCGUAGAGAUCGGCAAGCCUCCUCCUAGACCUCUCAAAGGAUAGAGAGCAACUGGGUCUUGACCGAGGAUGCCGUGACCUUCUUAAAGUUCAGCGCACAAACACACACACUCAAGCUCUGCCCAGGAUUACCUUCCUAAGAUAAUGCAGUGAAAUGCUGAACAGGUUCGUUCUCAGGAAUAUGUGGAAGCUUGAUGUGGAUCCAUCGAUGUGCUGUUGAUUCAUAUGCUGAUCCAGAUCAAGAUGUGCGCAGUGUUUAGAGGAAAAGGAAUAUUAUCAUCAUACUCCACUGGCUGUUUUAUUCAGACCUUGAGGAUCAGUACAGGAUUUUAGGCUCUUAACGGGAAGGUUGUUGAGUUCUGGUUUUGGUAAGUGAUGUUUAUCUGCGAAGAACAGCCUGGUCACUUGAUGUAAAUCAGUCCGAACAUACACUACUCUACAUUUCAAAAGCGAAUGUGUCUUUGUACCUGCGAUGCUUGCAGCGUUCAAUCUCUUCUUUCGUUUGUCAGAUGUUGGUUGAUCAUGUGAGGUUGAUAAAUCAGUGCUUGAGUUGGCUCCUUCGGAUUGUGUCCAUAUCUCUCUCUUGCGCUUUUAUGUUGUUUCCUCUUUUGGGACUAACCUGAACUUCUCACUUCUCAGCAUUUCUGGGGGUGAAACCCUCGUUGGGAUGUCUUCUUGGGAACUUGGGGGACAAUUUUGUGUGUGAUUAGACUGGAUCUGGACUAGUCCUACAAGCACAUGACUGUGUCAGUCAAUCUGGUACGAAUGGCUGCCUUGUAGAUGCCUGGAGAAACAGCGGUAACGUUCGCUGAGAGUUGAGGAGCUUCUGCAGAAGUUACUGAUGAUCAGACCUCUGUAUCAUUCACCACCUGCUCAAAACUGACUGUGCUACAAGCCACUCUUUCUUUGUUUACUUUGAUUUGCCUGAAAGAUUCAUAUUUAGAUGUCAUAUAUCAAGGCUUUUUUUAAAAACUUGAAGUAUGAAGUUAGCAAUGAGUGCUUUGAUCAAAUAAUGCCCAUAUCAUUCAGAGUCCAGGGUCCAAAAUCAACAUUUUUCCACACCUUUCAAUUCAAGUGAAUUAAAAACAUUCACCAUAGUAAUUAUUUCUUACAGGCUAUAACUCAUAUUGCCAUUUUUUUAUUUUAAAAAAAUGUGUGUCUCUAACAAAGGAAUUGUUAUUAGCUGUCUUUUUUGCAUAUUUGUAAGAGCACAGUUCACCAAGAAGUUUGUUCAGCCUUAACUGUGCAAUAAUAAUGAGAAGACCUAUAAUUUGUUUCAUUUAUAUUUUUGUUUUGAUAGCUUAAUAUGAAGACUUUUUAUAAACUACCCUUCAAAUGUUUGGGGUCAGUAAGAUAUAUCUGAAGAAAUAACACUUUUAGUCUAUGAAUGCUUCUACAUUUUUAUAGUUUAGAUUUCAGAUAAAUGCUCCUUAGAAUUUCUGUUCAUAAAAGAUGAAUUACAUGUAUGAAAAUAUAUAGCAGCACAGUGUUUUUAAUGUUGGUAACAAUGAGAAAUGUUUCUUGAGUGCCAAAUCAGUUUAUUAGAAUGAUUUCUGAUGCAUCAUGUGACACUGAAGACUGGAGUAAUGGCUGCUGAAAAUCUAUCACAGGAAAUCAAUUAAGAAUAUGUUAAAACAAAAAUAUAUAUAUAUUUCCAAUUCUAAUAAUAUUUCACAAUAUUACUGUUAUACUGUAUUUUUGAUCAAAUAAAUGCAUUGUUAGAGACUUAUUUCAAAAACAUUAAACAAUGUUACCAGCCCCACACUUUUCAACAGAGUUCAGGAGGACAGAAAAGGUCAAAAACAUAAAUCUAGUUUCCAUAAUUUUCAUCAUCUGUCAUUUUCAUGUUGAUUUUCACUUGCACUUGGUGUUUGGCUAAUGUUAAAGGGAUAGUUCACCCAAAAAUGAAAAUUCUGUCAUUAAUUAAUCAUCCUCAUGUCCACAUGACAUUUACACAUCUCCAAACCUGUAAGACCUUCGUUCUGUAAGACCAGAAAUUACAAUAUAUUUGAUGAAAUCUGAGAGCUUUCUGACCCUGCAUAGACAGCAAGGGAACUAUCAAGUUCAAGACCCAGAAGGGUAGUACAUUGUUAAAAUAGUCUAUGUGACAUCAUUGGUUCAACUAUAAUUUUAUGAAGCUACAAGAAUGCAUUUUGUGUGCAUAGAAAACAUGUUGGAGAUUAGCCAAUAGGCUGUCGGUUCAUUAAAUGAUAAGCUAUUUUCUCUAAAAAGCUGUUUAUUCAGCGUAGUGAAGCCUCUACUCCGUUGACAUCAAUAAUAAAAAAAAAAAUUAGCCUCUGAUCUCCUUUUGGACCUACUGGCAAAGUGGAAGCAUUAGCAUCAGCAGUUAACUGUUUUUUUUUUUUGGGCUAAAAGUUGCAGGCUUGCCUUCUAGUGGCUUUGUAUAAUGCAUAUGCAUUGUAAACAUGGUAGUCUUUUGAAUGGCAGCGGACAGUGAAAUAGAACAAAUAAAGUAUUUAUUUUUGUUUUCUUUGCACACCAAAUGUAUUCUUGUAGCUUCAUAAAAUUACAGUUGAAUCACUGAUGUCAUAAAGAUGUCCUUUCUACCGUUCUCGGUCUUGAACGUUUUAGUUGUGUUGCUGUUUAUGCAAGAUCAGAAAGCUUUCGGAUUUCAUCAAAAAAAAUCUUAAUUUGUGUUCCGAAGAUGGACGAAGGUCUUAUGGGUUUAAAAUGACAUAAAGGUGAGUAAUUCAUGGCAGAAUUGUCAUUGUUGGGUGAACUAUCCCUUUAAUUUUGGACCCUGUGUUCUCCUCUUCUGAAUGAUCUGGACUGCAUUGAACUGCUUUUAUUUACAAUACUUUGCAAGCCUCUUAAAGAUGUUUUACCAUUCCUUAUUCCUUCUUCACCUUUUAUUUUACAGCCUGAAAACACCAAGCUGAUGCCUUCAGAUGUUUUAUGAGGGGUAAAUGUGAGGGGAGUUCAAGCUCUUUUUUUCUCUCUUAUCGGCUUUUCUGCACCAUGUGUGGACGGUUCUUUGUGCUAUCAACAAUUCUUUCAGCCCAGCACAGAGGAAGUCAUUAAUGAGAGCCCAGUCACUCUCUCUGUCCUUUUUAAAAUACACAUCUCCUAGUCUUUCCCCUCAUGCCUUUCAUUUUAGCCUCACCAACUCAUUUCAUUUCUGUGUGUGCAUUCAUGUUGUCUUAACUGCUGACCCAAGCAGUCACUAACGUUGUUUCCUUUUUUAAGUAAUUUAUCACCUCUGUCUCAUGGGUACCAUGACCUGCAGUUAUAAGUGCAUUACUUUUGCAACACUGAUUUUACAUUGGUCAUCAAGCUAAAUAACGGUUAAUACUUACCUGAUGCAAUAUUGCCACAAGCCCAUUGAUUUUGCCUGUAAUAAUAGCCUUAAAAGUUGACAUCCAUAGUUACCUUUAUUUGAAAGAUUCCCACUGUGUGCAAAUAGUUGAGUAUAUUCAAAACUAUUCAUUGAUCAUAUUCAUAUAUUUUUUUUGUUUUUACUCUAGCUGUGACCUGCAUUUUAAGUGCCGAGAAACAGUGUUGUAGAAUGCAGUGAAUCCUAAACCUUCAACACAAAUGGGAUUUCAUGCCAGUAUCCUUAUUAAAAAGACAUUAUGCUUGUCCUGAAAUGUCUUGGCAAAUGAAAUAGAAAUCUGUUUCUGUUGGAGCAAGAUGAGAUUAUUUCCUUUCUCGAGGUUAUGUAUCAAGGCGUGUAUUAAAUUGAAAGAAAUGUUGCAGAGUGCAUGUCAUUUACAUUAUCUUAAUUUUUUCAAAAUGAAAAAUGCAGUCCACAUGGUGUAUACUGUGUGAGCAAAACAAAGUUCAACAUAUUGAAGUUCUCAUGUACACUGUUGCACGUAAUCUUUUAGGCCUGAUACAGCAUAAUAAUCUCUAGUCAUUCUUCUGAAACUUAUUUCGAUAUCUCUCAAAUUUAAAGGUGUACUUAGUUAUUUUUUAUUGGUUGCACUGAUUGAUAUGGAAGAUUUACACUACCAUGACUAAUUUAAAUGAUUCAAUAGGGCAGUCAUCUUUAUAACAUUCAAAAGUGUUUUUUAAAUAUAUAUACUUUUGAAGUAGGUACUUUUAUUCAGCAAGGACGCAUUAAAUUGAUCAAAAGUAAAUGCAUUUUUAAUUUAACUUUCAAAUAAAUGCUGUAUGAACUUUCUAUCUAUCAGUGAAUCCUGUAUCACUCUUUCUUCAAAUAUAUCAAGCAUAUUAGAAUGAUUAUUGAAGGAUCAAAUGACACUGAGAUUAGAGUAAUGGCUGCUGAAAAUUCAGCUUUGCCAUCACAGGAAUGAAUUAUAUUUUAACAUUUAACAUUCUUAAAAUAGAAUACAGUUAUUCUAAAUUGUAGUAAUAUUUCACAAUAUUACUGUUUUCACUGCAAUUGAAAGAUCAAAUAAAUGCAGUCUUGGUGAGUUUACCCAAAAUGUUUUAAAUAUUAAAUAUUUACAUUUAUAUAUCAUAUAUUUAAAAUUACUAAGUGCACCUUUAAGGGCCUCUAGUAAGACCAUGUAUUUGGAUGGUGUGAAAUCUGUAGAUAUGAAUCGUAUUAGUGAGGACAAUGAAAUCUCAUUUUUUUUAUUAUUAUUUCUUUUUUUUUACUUUUUGUCUGGUGAUACACUCAAAUAUUAAAUCUUAAAUCCUUCUGAUCUACAUCUUAAUUUUUUACCCAGUGGCAAAUAAAUUGCUUCUAGUCUACAGUGUAGAUAUAGAGUUGCAUUAUUCUUUAGUAUUUUGGGUGGUGUUUGAUAAUGUUAUAAAUGUUCCAUUGCAGUUUUUAAAAGUUUAUACAUUUAAAUCAUGUUUUUUUCCCCAUUCCAAAGUUACUCAUAUUUCCUGUGCUAACAAUGCAAUCAAGUGAAGCUCGCACAAUGCUUAUUACCAACUUUGCAAAGCACAAAUCCAAUCAUUUAGGUAAGGAUGCUAUUCUUCACCAGAUCUCGCUUUAUAGUUUGUGAAAUCACACCAGUGUCACAUUGAAUACACUUUUGAUUUUGAUGCUGUUCUUAUAUAUCACUCUUGGGUCAGCGAACCCUCUCAUACUGAAAACUCAGAGACUUGUGUAUGUAAAGUUCACCCUCUCUUCUCCAUCACCCUUUUUGCCCUCAGUUGUUCUCUGGAAAUAACUCCAUCUGUGCUCUGUGCUUGUCAGUGUGAGAGAGGGACAGAAGUGGGCAAGUAUUCCACACCUACACAAUGACAUGCGAAAAAAACUGACUGCCUCAGGUCUUCACAUCUGGGGCACAUUUUUAAAGACUUACUGUCUCUAUUAAGGUGUUUUUUGUACAUUGAAUGUCAAAAUACUAUAUCUUAUAUAGAAUGCAUUAUGUCAUAUCAAACAUACUUUUUGUAUACAAUCAAUAAAUCCAAUGCUACAAGAAUCUGA